GCACGAUGUAGGCAACAUGCAAUGACGCAUCUAUCUGUCAAUGUCAAGGACGUAAACAAAAAUCAAAAUAAUCAGUUCAUUUUCCACUUUUUUGAUAAUUUUACCAGAUAAAACGUUAAAAAAUGAGUCGGAGAAAAAAGAUAAAGGUGGACAGUAAAGAAAUUGAUGAUAAACUUAACAACGCCGAUGAGGAAAAUGUUGCGGAAGCGUUGGAUAAAACUAAAACCCUUCCAUCUGAGAAAAAAUUAAACUCAGGGGCUAGUUCUUCCAAGGGAAACAAGAAGGAAUCAAAGAAGGAAGAGUUGAAGAAGGAGGAGGAUAAGAAGAAGGAUAUUGAUCCCGAAUCGGAGCUGGAUGAUCCAGUAAUCAAAGACCUAUUUUCUGGGUUAGAAGGAGCAGCAUUUCAGAGUCGCAUGCCAUUUGAUAAAAUGACCUCAACUGAAGCGGCCUGUUUCCCAGAUAUAGCCCAAGCCGCAUUACAGACCAUUAAAGUGUACCUAAACGUCCGCAAUCGUAUUCUACAAAUGUGGCUCGAUAACCCAAAACAACAACUAAUACUUGAAGACGUUAUGGAAAAAAUCGAAGUUCCCUACAACAGUGACGCGCCUCUUGUUAAAAGAGUUCACGCGUUUUUGGAACGUAACGGGUACAUCAAUUUUGGUGUUUUUAAAAGACUUAAACCUUUACCGUCGAAAAAAUAUGGAAAGGUUAUUGUAAUUGGAGCCGGCAUUGCUGGACUAGCUGCAGCUCAACAAUUACAACAAUUUGGGCUGGAAGUAAUAGUCCUAGAAGCGCGGGAUAGAGUAGGUGGAAGAAUUGCUACUUUUAGAAAAGGUAAUUAUAUAGCUGACUUGGGGGCUAUGGUUGUGACAGGCCUCGGCGGCAACCCUGUGACAACCCUCAGCAAACAAAUCGACAUGGAACUGCACCGCAUACGACAGAAAUGUCCUCUGUACCAAUCAAGCGGUGUUACUGUCGAUAAAGACAAAGAUGAAAUGGUUGAACGUGAAUUUAACCGACUUUUGGAAGCCACAUCGUACUUAUCGCAUCAACUAGAUUUUAAUUAUGCUGGAAAUAAGCCAGUUAGUUUAGGUCAAGCGUUAGAAUGGGUGAUAAAGCUUCAAGAAAAGCACGUUAAAGAGAAACAAAUCCAGCAUCUCAAAUCCGUUAUAACACUACAAGAAAAAUUGAAAACGAAUCAAAAACUAUUAGUUGGGAUUAAGGAACAGAUGUUUGAGACCAAUGCAAAAAUUAGGGAACUGGCCAGUGUUGAAAAACGAGAUAUUCAGCUAGAAUUUGCGUAUAGGAGUGCUGUGCGUGAUCUUAACUCAUAUUCGAAAGAGUGGGAUCAACUGCAAGAGCAAGCGAAGGAAAUUGAAGAUAAACUUAAGGAAUUAGAAGCGUCGCCACCAAGUGAUGUGUACUUGUCAUCGAAAGAUCGCCAGAUUUUGGACUGGCAUUUUGCCAACUUGGAAUUUGCAAAUGCGACUCCACUUUCGAAUCUAUCGCUGAAACAUUGGGAUCAGGACGACGAUUUUGAAUUCACGGGGAAUCACUUAACAGUUCGCAACGGAUAUUCGUGUGUUCCGGUGGCCUUAGCCGAGGGUUUGGACAUCAAAUUGAAUGCUGCGGUUAAGAAGGUGGAGUAUAACAAGAACGGAGUCGAAGUCACUGUUUAUAAUCCUAGGAUACCGCAUUCGGUGAAUACUUAUCACGCGGACGUCGUCCUGUGCACUCUUCCUCUGGGAGUUUUAAAAUUAUGCGCGUCACCAAACUCGUCCCAACUGAAUACAGUUCAAUUUUCGCCGCCUCUGCCAGAUUGGAAGACUUCGGCAAUCCAGAGGCUGGGUUUCGGUAAUUUGAAUAAAGUCGUCUUGUGUUUCGAGCGGAUUUUCUGGAAUCCGCAAGCUAAUCUUUUCGGACACGUUGGAAGCACUACUGCGAGCCGCGGCGAAUUGUUCCUUUUUUGGAACUUGUAUAAAGCACCGGUUCUUCUUGCGUUAGUUGCAGGUGAAGCGGCUGCUAUCAUGGAAAAUGUCACCGAUGAUGUUAUUGUCGGAAGAUGUAUCGCCGUGCUUCGGGGCAUUUUUGGCCAGUCUGGAGUGCCCCAACCGAAAGAGACUGUGGUGACACGCUGGAGGGCUGAUCCCUGGUCGAGGGGUUCUUACAGUUUCGUGGCUGUGGGCAGUUCAGGCAGUGAUUACGAUUUGUUGGCUUCGCCGGUGAUUCCCCCGAACAGUCAGGGGGUUUCGGGGACUGCCGGACCUGCGAGAGUGUUUUUUGCGGGGGAACACACAAUUAGGAACUAUCCUGCGACGGUCCACGGGGCUUUCUUAAGUGGGCUUAGGGAAGCUAGUCGAAUAGCUGAUCAAAUUAUCGGAAAUCCGUGCCUUCCUCAACCGGCGGAAUGAAUUUUACGAAUUAAUGGCGUAGUUCAUUAAUUUUUGUAGAGUAAUUAUCGGUCUGACCGACUGAUGUGUGUGCAUAAGAUAAGUAAAAACGCUCUAUAAAUUCGCCUUAAUUGCAGUCUGGAGCGUCGUAUUAUAAAAUAAUAAGUAUCGUAAGCUUGUAAGAUAAAUUCCUUCUGUGUUUUAUGCACAAUUUAUGCGUCACGUAAAUUAUGAAGGGAGUAUUUCAUAAAAAACGUUACAAUUCCAAUAGAGCGAUUAUUAUUAAUCCAAACGAAAGUGGAUCACGAUCAUCCUCAAUAAUUGCAACAGUGGUAUAUAAAUCUUGCAUGGUUACAAAGCGAUGUUAACUGUAAAUAGCAGAGGUAAUUUAUCUUCAAUUGGACAUUUGCAUUGUUAAUUUUCCGAAUUCCGUGCUUGAAAGUGAUAAUUUGUUGUUAAGAUCAAAUUUGUUAUCAGGUAAUCAAGUUAGUACAAAUUUUUGUUACGUGAGAAGUGCACUCGUCUUGGCUGUUGUGGUGCUUUUUUAAUUUAACGCUUUUGGAAAUAAAUCGUGAAUGACACGAAAUAUAUUGAA